AUGUCUCACUACCGCGUCGCAGCGAUAGAUCUGUCUGGUGCGGGUGACAGUGGCUACCGCAGCCAUUAUUCACCGGAUCAGUUUGCCGCUGAGGUGGUAGGUAUUGCCGAUGACGCCGGAUUUGGCGAUGACCUCAUUGUUGUCGGCCACAGUUUUGGCGGUUUUAUCACGCUUAAAACCGGCCUUCUGUUCAACGAACGUCUGUCAGGGAUAGUGCUGGUCGAUUCGGCGGUCAGGCCGCCGGAUUUCAAGUGGGAGCGUGACCCGCGUCGCUCACCAAUAAAACCCAAACGCAUCUAUCCAACCUUUGAGGAAGCGCUGGGACGCUUUCGUCUGAUGCCGCCGCAGGAUUGCUCAAAUGAAUAUGUGCUGGACUACAUCGGGCGGCAUUCUCUGAAAGAGACGGAAGGCGGUUGGACCUGGAAGUUCGACGACCAGAUGUUCAACAAGUUUGAGUUUGGCGACAACAUGCAUGAAGAGCUGGCUUUGCUGAAAUGUCGAGUCGCUGUCAUGUAUGGUGAGAACAGCUAUCUGUUCAGCCAGGACAUUGCUGAUUUCAUGUUCGAAGUUCUGGAUGAGUCGGUGCCGUUUGUGGGGAUUCCAGAAGCGCAACACCACCUGUUUCUGGAUCAGCCCAUGGCGUUUAUCAGCGCGUUACGCACGAUGCUCGCGGAAUGGUUGUUGAUGCGGGUGUCCCAGGCUUUUGCUUCGGGCUCACCCCACUGGUCACCCAGCGCGUCAGCCACGGUAUUGCGCAGCGCGCCGAGAAAGAUAAUCGUUGGUGCUGGCCGCAUCUUCGUCGAGCAGCAGUUCGAUGGUCUGGGUGAACAAACCAUCGGCUGCUGGUUGUCUUUAGCCAACAGUUAUUCAGCAGAAUCGAUCUCCAAUCUGGGCUUCGACUGGGUCUGUGUUGAUCUGCAGCAUGGGAUUAUCGACUACACCGACCUGGCGCAGAUGUUACCUGCCAUAUCCACUACCGAGACAACACCCAUUGUCCGCGUGCCUUGGAAUGAACCCUACGAGAUCAUGAAAGUGCUGGACGCUGGCGCUUACGGCGUCAUUGUGCCAAUGGUUAAUAACCGCAGUGAAGCGGAGCAGGCGGUUCACGCCUGCCGCUAUCCGCCGCUGGGUAACCGUUCCUUCGGACCGAUCCGGGGUGCGCUCUACGGUGGUCGUGGCUAUGCUCAGGAAGCCAAUGAUCAACUGGCGUGUAUAGCCAUGAUCGAAACCCGGGAAGGUAUCGAUAACGUUGAAGAAAUUGUCACAACACCUGGCCUCAAUGGUAUUUACAUCGGGCCUGCUGACCUGGCUCUGGCGAUGGGGCUGGAUGUUUACGGUGACCAGCCACAGGAAGAACAUCUGGAGAUGGUCAAAUAUAUCCAGAGUGUCUGUCUGAAACACAAACAGGCCAUUGGUAUCCACACUUCCAGUCUGGAAUACGCGCAGAAGUAUCUGAGUCUCGGCUUUAACUUCGUUACCCUGGGCAGCGAAAGUGGCCAUAUGAUGAAAAAUGCGAGCCGGGAGCUGGCGGCCGCUCGGGGUACAGUCCAGGCAGAACGUGAAAGCACCGGUGGGGAGCUUGCCCAGCAUCUUUUGCAGAAGUAUGACGUCAAAGGUGUCGGUGUAGAGGCGACUGAGGCAGGGGAUCAUUACGAUCCCAGUGCAAAAAUGGUGCGGCUCUCUGAGGCCAAUUUUAAUGGCAAAUCGCUGACCGCAGUAGCGAUUGCUGCUCACGAAGUCGGCCAUGCUUUGCAGGAUCACAUGGGCGAUAAACAUCUGGCAGCAAGAACGCGGCUGGCACCGCUGGCUGAUCGCAUCGCACGCAUCUCCAGUGCAGCCAUCUGGCUUGCCCCUGUAGUCGGCUUGUUAACCCGGCACCCCAUACCUUUUUCCGGCCUGAUUCUAAUCGGUAUGAGUGGUCUGGUGGCCCGCAUGUUAGUACAUCUGGUGACAUUGCCUACAGAAUGGGAUGCCAGCUUCGGCAAAGCUUUGCCUGCAUUGGAAGAAGGCCAGUACAUUGCGCCAGGAGAAGAGCACACCAUUCGCAGAAUAUUGCGCGCAGCCGCUCUUACAUACUUUGCUGCAGCGCUUGCGGAUGUUCUGAAUCUAUUUCGCUGGGAAGUGCGCGCCUUUGAGCAUCAGUUGGAGGAAUCUCUGCGCAACCCGGAAGGCUGGUACACGAGUUUUGUGCCUGCGGUGCGACCGGGUUACAGCGGCGUUGGCAUCUACAGCCGCACGAAACCUGAUCGGGUCAUCAACAUUCUGGGCGACGAGCAAUACGAUGUGGAAGGUCGUUUCAUGGUUGCGCAAUAUGGCCGUACCUCUGUCGCCUCGGUGUAUUUUCCCAAAGGCAGCGGUAAAGAUCGUGAUAACUCAAGGGUUUUCGAAACCGUAGAAAAGCUGAAGAAACGGGGUCCGGUUUUUGUGACCGGAGACUACAACACCGCGCACACUGAAAUAGAUCUGGCGCGUCCGAAAACCAAUAAGAAAUCCAGCGGCUUCCUGCCUGAGGAGCGAGAGGAAAUAAGCCGCUGGUUGGCAGCGGGUUGGGUAGAUACUUUCCGCACGCAGCAUCCAGAUGAAGAAGGUCAUUACACCUGGUGGCGCCAGUUUGGUGGGGCCCGUGAAGAUAAUGCACGCAUGGCAACUCCAUUUCCUAAUCAUCCGAACCUGAAAGAAGGCUUUGCACCCGUCAAUAUGGAGUGUGACGUCUACGACAUGGUUGUCGAAGGCGAAAUACCACACGCGCUACGGGGUACGUUCUACCGUAAUGGCCCCAACCCACAAUUUGCCCCGCGUGGCGAUUACCACUGGUUUGGCGGCGACGGCAUGAUUCAUGCGUUUCAUUUAGGUGACGGCAAAGCCUCGUAUAAGAAUCGUUGGGUGAAAACAAAAAAAUGGCAGGUGGAACAUGAGGCUGGCCGAUCCCUGUUCAGUGCGUUUAAUCCCCUUGAUAACGAUGAAAGCGUGGCGGGGAUGGAAACAGAUGGCCUAGCCAAUACCAACAUCGUCUGGCAUGGCGGGAAGUUGCUCGCGCUGGAAGAAGCCCAUGCACCGUUUGAACUGGAUCCUGUGACGCUAGAGUCUGUCGGCGCUCAUACCUUCGGGGGUAAGUUGCAGGGGCCCAUGACGGCCCACCCGAAAAUUGAUCCGGAAAAUGGCGAGAUGCUGUUCUUUGGUUACAACAUCGACGGUAUGUUGUCCGAAAACAUGUCUUUUCACGUGGUAGAUAAAGACGGCAACCUGGUCCGGUCUGAAACGUUCAAAGCACCUUACUCAGCCAUGGUGCACGAUUUUAUGGUUACCAGAGACCACGUGAUCUUUCCGAUCAUGCCGUUAACAGGUUCUCUUGAACGUGCCAUGCAGGGUGCUCCGGUUUACGCCUGGGAGCCUGAGAAAGGGGUGCAUAUCGGUAUCAUGCCGCGAAAUGGCAGCGUUAAAGAUUUACGCUGGUUCCGUGGUGAGCCCGGCUAUGUGUUCCAUCCAAUGAACGCACACUCUGAUGGCGAUACAGUGGUUUGUGACGUAUGUGAGUUUGAGCAGGCGCCACUGUUUCCUGGACCGGACGGCACCCCGGGAGACCCGAACAAGGCGAUUCCACGCCUGACCCGCUGGUCGUUUGAUCUGGCCAAGAACACCGAUGACUACAAAUGGGAACGUCUGGAUGAUAUUGCGUGUGAAUUUCCGCGCCUGGAUGAGCGUCGCUCCGGUCUUUCCUACCGACAUGGAUAUGUCGCCUGUGACACCCGGCCGAAGUUCAAGGUUGGUGGUUUUAAUGCGAUCGCUCACGUCGACCAUAAAACCGGUGCCAUGGAUUUGUACGACGUCGGUGAGGCGUGCGCCACCAAUGAACCGAUAUUUGUACCUGCCAGCGAUGAUGCACCUGAAGGUGAAGGGUUUCUGUUAGCCAAUGUGUACGACGCCAAUCGACUCGCCAGUCAUCUGGUGAUUCUCGAUGCUCAGAACGUGUCUGCAGGGCCGUUGGCUAAAGCUUAUCUGGAUCAUCGUGUGCCAUUUGGCUUUCAUGGUAACUGGCGUCCGGACGCCGGAUAA